AGUCGUCUGUCACGGAACAGGAGUCCUUUAUACGGAGCAGCAUUUAGACUUGAAGAGACAAUAAUUCUGUCCAUGCUGCAGAGUGGUGCGGCUCUUUAAGCAGCGGUUAACUGCCCGGAGAUGUUAAGAACGUCGCGCUUCACCAAGAGAGCUCGUCAAGGCUUUUGCACUGAUUUGUGAGUAGCAUCGCUGUGGUGCUCCUGUUCAUCGACGCUAGGUGUGAAAAGUCAGUGUCAUGACUGGAACUGAGACUGAGGAUGAUAUUCCAUUAGGUGAAAGGAAGACUGUCACAGAUUUCUGCUACCUCCUGGACAAGUCCAAACAACUCUUCAAUGGGCUACGCGACCUUCCUCAGUAUGGACACAAGCAGUGGCAAUCCUACUUUGGACGGACUUUUGAUGUCUACACUAAACUAUGGAAAUUUCAACAGCAGCACAGGCAGAUCCUGGACAGUCGGUAUGGCUUGAAGAGAUGGCAAAUUGGGGAAGUUGCAUCCAAAAUUGGACAGCUAUACUACCAUUACUACCUUCGUACCUCAGAAACAAGUUACCUGAAUGAGGCGUUUUCAUUCUACUCAGCCAUUCGUCAGCGAUCCUACUAUUUUCAGGUCAAUAAAGAGGACAGGCCAGAAUUAGUAGUGAAGAAGCUUCGAUAUUAUGCUCGCUACAUAGUUGUCUGUUUACUGCUGAACAAGAUGGACCUUGUCAAAGUUUUGGUUAAGGAGUUAUCUGAGGAAAUUGAAGAUUACACACAGCGAUUCAACACAGAAGAUCAGUUGGAGUGGAAUCUAGUUCUACAGGAAGUGGCAGCUUUCGUGGAGGCAGAUCCAGUGGUAGUACUGAAUGAUAACAAUUCUGUCGUCGUCUUCAGCAAUCGGAUGCUGGAAGGAAGUGCACCUCCAUUGGAACAAGGCAUGGUGGUUGGCCAGCUCAUCCUUGCAGAUGCAUUGAUCAUCGGCAACUGUAACAACCAGGUGAAGUUCAGUGAGUUAACCAUUGACAUGUUUCGCAUGCUACAAGCUUUGGAGAGGGAACCUAUUAACCUAGCUACACAGACCUCCAAACAAGGAACUCUGGAACCCAAUGAGAAGCCAGCUAAACGAGAAAACCCUCACAAGUAUUUGCUGUACAAGCCAACAUUCAGCCAGCUUUUUACUUUUUUGUCUGCCUCUUUUAAGGAAUUGCCUGCCAACAGUGUUCUGCUUGUUUACCUAUCAGCAACUGGAAUAUUUCCUGUGGGACAUUCAGAUUAUGAAGGACCAUAUGAUUUUGGAGGAGUUCUUACAAAUACAAACCGAGAUCUGGUGAAUGGAGAGACCAUGCAGAAGAGGAAUCAGCUCCAGAAAGAAAUGCACUGCCUUCAUCCAGGGGAUUUAUUCCCUUUUACCCGGAAGCCACUUUUUGUCAUUGUGGAUUCUUCAAAUAGCACAGCCUACAAGAAUUUCACAAACCUGUUUGGCCAGCCUCUGGUGUGUCUGCUAUCACCUACGGUAUAUCCCAAAAGUGUACAAGAUCAGUCCCAGCGUGGGAGUCUCUUCACUCUGUUCCUCUACAGUCCACUCCUGGCUUUCUCCUCUAUGUGUGGCUUAAACAGUGUGCGACGAGGCCUGUGGGACAGAGCUCAAGAGUUUCUUUGCAAAGUCUACCAUGACAUUGGGCAGAUGAUAAGUAGAUCACGGACCAUAGAUCAAGCCUUUUUGCAAUUCUUUGGUGAUGAGUUCCUUCGACUGCUUCUGGUCCGUUUUGUUUUCUGCUCAGCUGCACUGAGACUGCAUAAACUGUUUCGGGAGUCCCGCAGCUUCCCUGAGUCAUAUCCUGAGCUGCCCAAACAGGACACAGUGGAGAGCAGCCUCUUGCAGAAGCAUGUUUUGGAGCUGGCAACCAUGCUAGAUGUGCAGGGUCUGUUUUGGGAUGAUUCACUGGAGACAUACUAACAUUUUCACAAAGGGCAAAAUGGCGCAUAUGUACAUACAGACUCAACUGCCAGAGGCCUCAAAGUUGUCAUCUUUUUUACAGGUGCGCUAGAUUCCCCGCUCCCCCUGCCUUGGACUUUCAGUGGAGAGACCUGAGGUCAACCUACCCCCAAACCCCUCACCCUUUCCUACUUCUGAAUGUGAGAUCUGCUCAGCAGGCAAAAGUCUGCCUGGCUCAAAAAACUAGAACUAGGGUAUCCAGUUUAACAAGGUGACCCAUAUGGUGACAUCAUUGAUGGGACACAUGCAGAACAGAAAAACCUUCACAUGAAUGAAACCUUUUUUUGCACCCGGGCCGCCCUGGCCUGCUUCCCAUGUUGCCCAUAUCUAAAUGUACCACUGCAUCAGAGACCAGAGAGAAAAGUCACCUGUUGUCCUACAGUGAUUUUUGAAUCCACACUGCAACAGUUCCGCAAAAGAAACAAAAAAUAAUACUUUUUCAUUUCUCUAAAGUGCAACUUGGGCUUCUUGUUUUUUGACAGUAACAAUGAUGCUUGUCAUCUAACAUGUAAUGUCAUGUAACAGUGUGUUUCAUUCACCCUGACUGUGACAUGACAAGCUUACACCCGGAAGGACAUGUUAGUCUACUAUUUUGUUAUUUUUCCUUUAUUGCUGAAAAAAAAAGAACUGCUGUCAUUGUUAUAUACAAUUUUCUUGCUGGCCAAAUACUGUCUAAAAAGGUACUUUGCUUGUGACUAAAGCAUAUAUGUGUUGAGGCAUGGCAUUCACUCAGUGGUGAAAGGUACUUCUCAUAAUUCCCUGGGUUUUAAAAUGACACGAAAUCUUUUUUUUUUCAAAAGCAUAUCAUCAUCAUUCCUCUGUUCAGUUGUCAGUACUUUUUAAAAAACAUUUGAGUGUAACUUUUGAAAAUGGCACUAUCCCAGCAAGAACUUCCAGAGCACUAGAUCUGGAAGCCUCUGUACUUUUUUAAUGACCCUGAGGUAGAAAAUAGCAUCUCGGUAGAUUGACUUAGUUUUUUUACUCACUGGUGCCAAAAUUUAAUUUUCUCAUGCAAUUUCACAUUUUCAUAAUUAUAUUAAAAUUUUAGCUAAAGCACAAACAAAUGGUUAUUGAAGAACAAGUUUACUUGUUAACUAGUCAU